UUGUUUCAAUGUUCUUCAUAAACUAGCACAAACUAAAUGGUUUAUUUUCUGUAACGGUCAUAUGAUGUAAUUGGUGAACGUAUUCACAAAAUGCAACUGAACCCUUUUACGUUUACCAUGCGCAAAUUUUUGCGCAAAUAUGAGUGAAAAAAGUUUGCUUGUUUGUUUUUGUUUUUCUCAAAUGCAUUUGAAAAUUAAACCAAAGUAUGUUAGCUUGAAAACCGAAACAGAAAAAAAAGAUAUGAUUCUAUCCCUUUUAUUGAAAACGAGCAAUGCGAAAUUCAAAAUCAAGAAUUUUCAAGGGAAAUUGCUAUUAAUUGCUGUAAUCUGCAAUCUAUUUAAUCCACGCCCGGCUUAUUCCGAUUUUGCAUGGCGCUGUAAAAAAAUAUAUAUAUAUAUAUGUAUAAAAUACGGGUCCAUACACAUUAAAUUUAGCGUUUGAUAAACGUUACAACAUUUAUAUUGAAAGCAAUAUCGGUCGCGCACGCAUACGCGCAUAGCAUGCCUGAAGUGUAUUAAAAUACACUUAAAAAGCUCGUGUCACGAAGUAAAAAAAACAACAACAACAAUCUAAAUGUACUAUACUACGCCACCUAAAUAUCUAAAGUGGUAUUUGCAUUUUAUCAUCAGCAGAUUUCAAAUAAAAACAUAUUCUUGCUAACAUACAAAUCUGAACAUUUUAACGAGAUUAGCAUACAAAAUCAAAAUUAGCACUACUCUAUAAAGAUCAUUUUUGCGUUAUUAAAGUAAAAUGGACUUGUUUUUUUGUUUGUGCUAGGAGAGGAAAUGCAUUCUUAAGGUACUGAUUGAGUUUGUUUCUUAUCUUAUUAGAAAUUUCAAGAUUUUUACCAAAAAAGAAAGUUCCAUAGUGUCCUCCGUCUAAGCCGUGUUAUGUACAUAUUKUGUUACAAGGCCUUGUGCAUGCAGCUCUUGACGCAGUUAAACAAAAAUAAUCUUUCGUUUAAAACGCAUCUUAAAAUUUGUUUGUGGAAAUCAAAAUGGUCAGAAUUGUUUUUUGGCAUCCUUAACAUACUUCACUUUCUUUAAAGGCAAAAUUGGUUACAAUUGAGAGAUUUUGCCAUUACCAGAAACAUUUGAAUCAAAAUUAGCACAGGAAAAAAACGAAAUUAGCACAAGUGCAUUUACGGCUAGUUUCUCAUUGUAUUUUAACAUUUUAAAACUUAAAGUCCAACCUUGCUAGAAGAAACAAAUAUAUAUAAUAAAGAAACACUGAAUUACAAUAAUUAAGGUCGUCAGUACGGUUAUAGAAUAUUUGUCAUUUGUAAUAAAGCAUUUGCUGUAAGUGCACAUCGUCCGGCCGCUGUCAAAAAGAAUUAAAUUGUUCCAAUUCAGUAAUAGGUUCAGCAACUUUCAUUCUUCCACAUUUUCUUCAGUCUCAGCUUUCCGUCUAUUGAUCUCGACGGUCUCUCUCGACGUUUAAUUAAUAGCAGUACUAUUUUUGUUAGACGUAGCUAGUUUUAAACCAUCACUAUAUAGUAUCCAUUCGACUGCACAAUGAACUACUAUGAACUUUUGCGUUAGCCGGAAUACAACAACAGAACGAAUUCCCUACAAUACAAAAACCAGUACUUCGCAUCCAUUGGGGUAUGGUUGAAGAAAACGUUUAUUCAGAUAGCUAUCAGUAGUAUAGUACUCAACGAAAUAUGGAAAUGUAUACCGUCCCAUGAUUCCUCAUGUUUCCUUUCAUUUCGGCCACGAUGUUUUUCAACUACAGACCAAACUUUGAGUAUAGCGAUCUUCUGGGUCAAAUAAGAGCAGAAAGAAGAGUUGCGCAGGAAAUGUCUCUUGAUUCUCGAGCCAAACUCUUAGAAAAUAUGGAAAAUUUAUUGCAAUUUUUUCAUCAAGGUGGGUACACCAAAACAGUGGACGAUUUGAAAGCCACAAAUGGCGACUCGAUAGAAGUCAUCAGAAUGAAGAUGAAAAAUGAGUCGGAAAAGAUUCUAUCUGCCUUAGAAAGUGGUCCUUCCGGCAGUUAUGGUCGUAGUCAGAACCCUGAACAGAUAGAGAAGCCUAAAAGGGUAAAAAAGAUAUACAAAUACACAUGUCAGGUACGCCUUCAGUAUUUUUGUCCGUCUCUAUGGCAACGAGUCGGUAAGCAUCUUGUUAUCAAUCCACUUUUUCAGAUUUGCGCAAAGGAAUUUAGACACUUGAAAAAUCAUCUGAAGUUCAAACACCAGAUGUCAGAAGAGGAAAUUGAAAAACUUAGAUUGCAAACAAAGAAGGACAACUUAAGGAAAAAACAGUCUUGCAAGAGACCAUUGAAACAAUGUCCAGUAAAAUCAUGUGGAUGGGAAGGCCGGCGUCUGGAUUAUCACUUGCCAUUCAAGCACAAGAUUAAAAAAGGAUCAAAAAAAUACCAGUCUUUAUUAACUACUUGGGUUCAAAUCUAAAAAUAUGCAUAAUAUUAUUAUU